GUGUAUGUUCGGUUUGAGAGCGACAAUGGAUACGUCAAGGCGAAUAUUGUAUGUUGGACGCUCAUAUCUUGAUAUGGUCAACGUUGUAAAGAGUUAUCCAAAGGAGGAUACCGAUCAAAGGUGCACAGACUAUUACUGGCGGCGAGGAGGUAACGCGUCUAACAGUGCUACUGUCAUCAUAAUUCUAGGACUGCAGGCGGAAUAUCUUGGGGUGUUUGCAGACGACUAUGAAGCGAGAUUCCUACGGUCUGACUUCGAGAAACAGGGUGUAAACAUCGACCACUGUGUAACGUCGGACGUAGGACGCAGCCCUGUAACGUCAAUCAUCAGCAGUGAAGCAACCGGCUCAAGGACCAUGGUAAACACAGAAAGGGAUCUGCCGGAACUAACGUUUGAGGCUUUCGACAAUGUUGAUUUAAGCAGCAAUAUCUACAAGUGGAUUCAUUUUGAGGUAAGUAAACAUGGGUUUCAGUGGUCUAACCGAACACAGGUAAACUGGAAAAAAAACAACCCAACAAUUUCAUGAACAUAUCGAAA